UUCAUUAAUUUAGCAAUUUCAAGUUCAAUUAACACUUUGAUUCAAUUAGUUGAAUUUACUUUCAAUGUUUAGAUUUUAAUGUGAAUUUAAAAUAAAUUAUUACUCGAUUGUAGAAAAAAUUAUUUAAUAUCAUGAUAAGAUUAGUGACAAUUUGUGUACUUUUAAUUGUCGGGCUGAUCUCGUCAAUAUCCACUGAUUUUGUUUGCCCACCUGAUGCAACUGAUGAUUUUCUUCCUGAUCCAGAUAAUUGUGAGGUAUUUUACAGGUGUACUAAUGGUCAACAGUUUAGAUUUACCUGUGGACCAGGGACAGUGUUCAAUCCUUCAAUUCGUAACUGCGACUGGCCUUCGGCUGUAGGAUGUAGUCCAGAGGCAAAUAAGUAUAAACAACAGAAACAGCAACACCAAAAGAAACCCAAAUAUCCUGAUUAUCCUCAACAACCUAAUAAUAAUUAUCAAGAGACAAAUUAUCCUUCUGGUGAUAAUUUUCCCGAAAGAAAUGUUAACCCUUCCCCAGGUAAUUCUGGGAAUGCUCAUAAUGGAGGAUGGCCAGUAAGUUCAAGUGGAGGUUCAUCUUUACCGAGUACCAGUGGGGAUCAUGAUGUUGAACCAGUUAAUUCUGGUCAACAACAACAAGGAAACUGGAAUAAUAAUCAGCGACCAAGUAGCUCAGGUGGGACUCGUCAUCAAGUGAGACCUGACCGACAACAGAAUCGUCCACAACCGGUGAGAAAACCUCAGGAUAAUAGUUAUGAAAAUACUAAUCGACAACCAUAUGAAAAGAGACCUGAAAAUACAUGGGGUGUUCCUGAUUCUUACGAAUCUACAAAUUCUAAUGGGAAAAAUCCACAAGGUUAUGGUAAUGGAAACACUAACACGGAUUCAAGUGAUGGCCAAGAUGAGUUGGAUCAGCGUACUUUUGAUCGACAAGGUUCAUCAACAAACGAAAACAACGAAAAUGGUCAGAGAAAAGUUUUAACUGAUGGUAAACACCCAUGGAAAGUUCCCAAUCCAGGUUCUAAAAAAGAUUCUCCAAUUGAAUGGAAUGAAAUGCCUUCGAAAUCUUCUACGAUUCCAACUGAAGAAGUGAAUAGAGUUUAUGACGAUCCAUAUCCACCAACGAGUUCGAGUUCAAGUGAAUCAGAGACUCGCCAGCAACCUUCAUCUGGUCGAAUAGAAAGACCAACUUAUCCGACCGAUAAUAGAUCAUAUAGACCUUCAACUCCACCAUCAAACUCUCAAAGAGGUUCGCAAGAUAAUAAUUAUGAUCGUAAUCGUGAUCAGUACAAUCAACGAAAACCAAAUCAACCAAAAUACCAAGAACAAGGUACAACAAAUCUACCCGAUAGUCCAAUUGUUUAUCGUCCUGCUCAAAAUCGUGACAACGGAAAUAACCAAAGAAAUAAUCCAAGACAAGAUAAUCGUCGAUACAAUAAACCCAAAGAUCCAGAACCAACUUGGGACUCAGAAGCAGCUCCUUCGUUUUCGAAAAAUAUUGAACCUUCUCCUGAUCUCGCUCGUGAUCCUAAUCCAAGUAAUCAACGCAAACAAGGUUAUCCUGAAAAUGAACAAAACCAAGGAUCCAAUCGAUGGGUUAAUCCGAAAACUAAUCGACCGGAUAAACAAUCUCCCGAUCAGCCUCCUGAGAAUCAACCCUUUGAAAGUCAAAGAUUAAAUCCAAGUCAAAGAUAUGGUAAAACCACUGACAAAGAAACACCCGUUGAGAACGACGAUGAAAACUUGAAUCAAACGCAACAACCUGGUAAGAUUAAUCGACCAACAAAACAACCAACAAAUCAAUGGGAUAGAAAUCAAUCGCCGAAUCGGAACAAUCAAGAUGAUUGGAAACGACGAACACCAUCAAGUCCAUAUCAACCAACAGCACAAGAAUCGCCUGAUGAAGAUCCAGCGACUCAGACACAAUGGUAUCGCCCCAAACUAAGUCCAACUUCAACUACAGAAACUCCACAAUAUGAAACACCUUUGAAUCGUCCACGCGAAGGUCGAUAUAGAGAUCCAAAUGUUUCGACAUCUCCUUAUGCUGAUAAACACCCCGAGAAUCGAGUCAAUCCAAGUCCUAGACCAGUUUAUCGACCUGAUAGACGACAAGGUGAGCUAAGACCAACACCAUCAAGCAACCAAAGACAAGGACAAAAUAAUCAACGACAACAAGUACCACCCAAUAAGAGCAAUGAAAAUCAAUGGUCACCUCAACCACGUCCAGUUAGUCCAACAAGACAGCAACAAAAUCGUCAGCAACCCGACCCUUGGGGACAAAGAAAAGACGAACCAUAUGAUGAACAGAUCAAAGAGGAUGAACAAUCUUUUGAAUCGAGUAACAUUGAACCAAGAUUCCCAGAUGAAUCUGAUGUCGCUCAGGUCAUGAACGACAUGUAUGUCCAAGAUCCAUAUUCGAUACCCGAUCUGAUGACUAAUCUUCCCUGCAAUGAAACAACUUUGAACGAUUGUGAAAAAUGUGACAAAUUGAAAUGGCUUAAAUUAAGCCAAGUGACACUUAAAUCGCAACCCGAUGAAGCCAUUAAAACUUUACCCGCUCUCAUAGUUACUGAUUGUUUCCGUCGUUGCCACUCACAAGGCUGUGUCGCUUACAGUUACAAUCAACGUAAAGGUCAUUGUAAAUUGUUUUAUGGCCAAGUAAAUGAGGACCACAUAGAGUCUGAUAGUGAUUACGUAACUGUUAUUAAAGAGCCAACAUCAGCUUUACUGGCUGACCAAUGGUUAUACACUGACCACUCCGAGCCCAUCGGUAAAGACAUGGGUCAAUUCAAAUCACCUGAUUCAAUUAGCUGCUUAAGGGCUUGUAUUAACGUUGGAGAUCAUUGUAAAGCAGUUAGUUACAACUCGGUAAGUCAAUUGUGUAAAAUUUAUGAUUCAAUGAAUGGUGAACGACUCAUACUCACCGGAAGUGGAACUAUCACUUUACAACAUAUCAGUAUUCACAAUAAAGGUGAUGCUUGGAGGUUUUCAUCAAUGGGGAAUCGAAAGUUCAACACAAGUAUACCAAUCAUGUCAUUCGCGAUCAGUGAAGAUCAAGAAUGUUAUGAAGAGUGUCUCAAUUCUCAAGGCUGUUUAGCGAUCUCAAUCGAGGGUAAAUCACCGAAAGAAUGUCAAAUUUAUAAUAAGCUGGAAACACUUUCAGAUGAAAGCUCAUCGGAAACUCAAUCAGCAUCCUCAUCACAAAUCGCUACUUACCUGAUGAAGAUACCUUUGAAUUCAUCACAUUUCUUGCAUCUUCCGGGUCUUUACUUUUCGGGUAAACCCUUGAAAAAAUAUGAACAAUUUAACUUGAAGGAUUGUCAAGAAGUCGUUAAAAGUAUUCCAACUGCAAUUAAGAUCACUUAUUUGAAAGAAAGUCAAGUUUGUUACAUUUUCUCUGAUGCUGCUAAGCUUGGCCUUUGGAAGAAUCCAGAGAUUGAGGCCAUUUCAUUUUUGGUCAAUUUACCCGCUGACCCUAAAUAUCUGGCUUACAAAAGGUUGACUGGGUUAACUUUGACUCACGCUUUGUUGGCUCCUAAAGGUGAGAAACAUCUUGGUACUCAAUCGGCUUCCGCUUGUUUGGACAGUUGUCUGAAGACGGAAAAUUGUUCGGCUGUUGCAGUGACCUAUUCAGAUAUUCAAGAUUCAGUUGAAUGUAUUUUAUUGAAAGAAGAUGAGCUCUCAGGAAAACCUCGAUUCGUUUUCAAAGAAGACACUGAUUUAUUUGUUCGAACUCUUCCCGCUAAUCUUGUCCCCGAAUUGGGGGAGAAAGAUGAUCAAUGUUCACUUCGAAUCAAUGUUCCCUCAGCCAACGAUAAUUUACCUUAUUUCGAGAAAGAAAAAUCAAAGAAACAAUCAGAAUCCAGUUUACUCGAAAAGGCUGAACAGUUUGUGAAUAAAGCGAAUCCAUUUCACAAUAAUGAAAAGAAAUCAGGCCAAUUGAGAGAGCCGAAAAAGCUGAAUGACGAUGACGAAGUUUUUGAUGAAAUGAUACCUCAUGGUCUUGAAUUCGAGGGGAUGAUUGAAAAACUAAACGAAGAUGAUGAAAGUGUUGAAUCAUUUGUCGACAAUGGACAAAGAUCAAAACGAUCAAUUUACGCUAUGACUCUUAGAGGCGCUCAAGUUUACGAUGAGACAAUUGAACAAAACCAGAACAAGAAUCCACUUGAAGCGGGUGCUGAGGCCGGUUUUGCAGUUCGAGAUCUACUUAGUGGAUCGUUGGGAAUGAGUGACAAUAAUUCAACGGAAAAUAUUUUACUUUCGAGGUUCUUGAAACGAGCGCAAGAUGUGUCCCAGAAUCCUCGUCUCUCCGAAGACAUAGUCAGCUCAAUAAAAUCUUCCGCUCGAAAAGUUAGAUCCAAUGAGAGCGGUGAAUCGAAAGAAGAUCGGAUACCCUGUAAAGUAACGAAAGGGUCAACGGUCAAGGAGGCUAAAUGUCGUCCAGAUGAGAUAUGUUCCAAUGUACCCUACAUAGUCCAUGGAGAUCAAAAAGCGAUGACAAACUGCUCGAACACCAGAGUUAAUAGUACAUGUCAAGUGAUCUGUAAAUCAGGUUACAGGUCAAGUAAAGGACGUUUAGUGUGUGAGGUUAUUGGGUCUACAACGACCUGGAAUACAAAGGAUAUCUCAUGUGUUCCAGAUGAAUCGAUGUGCUCUGAGCUUCCUUGGAUUCCAUUCACAACAAUUAAAUCAACGCCUGAUGAUAAAAAGUUAAAUUAUCUGAUUAAAUACGAUGAGACCAAAAAGUUACCUCUUUUUGGUGUUUACAAAUUUACCACCGCCAAUGAAAACAAUCAAGUGUCACAAUCAACCAGAUCGAGAAGAUCAGCUGAUGAUUCAAUUGUCGCCCUUCCCUGUUCACAAUUAAAGCUAAAUCAACUUUCCAAUAUGAAUUACAAGCAAACCAAUUACACUAAAGGUUAUCUGGUUCCACCAAGCGCUUUCCCUGUCAAUCCUGAUGCUCGUAAAUUGGUCAAUUAUUUUGUCAACACUGCGCCACAAGAUUCGUACACUGCCCAAGGUCCAUGGUCAUUGUUGACCGAUACGAUCCAUGGUUACCUUAAAUCCAACAAUCAAUCGGGUUUCAUUAUCAACGGUGUUUGUAGUCAACAGAUUUAUUCACCAUCAACCUCAUCUCUUCCGGUUCCUAAGUGUUUCUGGAAGACAGUUUGCACUAGAGCACAAUCGGGUCAGGUCACUUCGGCUACAUUUUACCACGAUAAUCAGCCAAUCGAUCAAGAUGACCAGUCCAAUCAAAAGAAACGAUUUGAAGAAGUGUUUAGUUACACUAAUCCAGAAUUUGUUAAAUCAUUGAUCAAUGUUAAAGAUUAUGAUUCUCUAUGGCCAGAGAUAUUGGAUAGAUUCAGCACCUCUUCAAGUAAAACUGUUCAAGAUGAGAUGAUGAUCCUUCAAUGUGCUGCAAGUAUCAAAAUUGAUCCUAAAAUGAUUGAUUUCUGGAAUACCCUGUUACUCAAUGGAACUGAUAAUCCAUCUGAAAGUUUAUUACAAUCAGAUGAUUUAAAUAGCUCAGAGUCACAAUCAUCUCCAGUUUGGUCACAGAAAUUAACUGAUUCUUCAUCGUCUUCGCCUUCAUCACCAUCAUCACCUUCGUCAUCUUCAGCUGAUUGCGAGAAAAGGUUAAUUGGUUACAUCGGAUUAAAUGGAGAUACAAUUAAUUCAACAACCAUAAGUUCAUCACCAAUCACUCAUUUAACUUUGAUGGGAGCGAUUAAGAUCAAUGAAAAUGGAAGCCUAAGCCUCGGAAACGAUACCAAGAAAGUUUAUGAUCGUCUUUAUGAAUUGAAAUCAUUGAAAAACGAUAAUCCAGAUAUUAAGAUUCUGAUCGCUUGAGGCUGGUCAAACUCUCAAUGGUUCACAAAGAUUAGUAGAUCACCGAAUGUCCAGAAAACGUUCAUCAUGGACAUAAUCGCUUUUCUUGAUUACUGGGAGUUUGACGGGGUCGAUAUUGUUUGGCAAUAUCCAAACAUUGGUGGUAAAGUUAAAGGAUCAAAGGAGGAUAAGGAUAAUCUUAAUCGUUUGAUGCAAAACAUUAAAGAUUCAAUGAUUGACCAUCAAAGUGGAAACGGACGAUCAGAGCCUUAUUCACUUGUCCUAACUGGACCAGGAUUAUAUUGGAUCUUAGAUUAUGGUUAUGAUCUUAAGACUUUGAUUAAUCAUGUCGAUUGGAUUAAUAUUAUGGCCUUUGAUUUCCAUGGACCAUGGAAUUCAUCUUGGGGCGAUUAUACCGGACCAAUGGCACCUUUGUACUUUGGGUCUCCUGAUGGUUUUCCAGGUAAAUUGAAUAUCGAUGCAAUCGUUAAAAGGUAUGUUUGUGAAACGGGUCGACCUGAUAAGUUGGUUCUUGGACUUGGUUUCUUUGGACGAGCUUGGACCAAUGUGGGUAAUCAUGUUGAUGAAACUAAAGAUGACCUUUUCCGUAAAGCAAGUCCAGUCAAAGAUGGAUCGAAGGGCUCAAUGGUCAGUUAUCGUAAAUUGACUCAAGAAUGGUUGACCAAAGGUGAACCCGUUUGGCACAAUAAAACAAGGACAAGUUUCUUAUGGAAUCGAAUGAAACGUUCACUGGUUUCGUUUGAAAGUGAAGAUUCGUUGAAGGAGAAAGUUUCUUAUGCCGAUGCUAAAGGUCUUGGUGGACUCAUGGUUUGGUCACUUGACAUGGACGUUGAGGGAACACUACUCAAGUCUAUUGGUGGAGGAUUAAAGUGCAACUCUAAUAAAAAAUCAUCAGAUACUUUCAAGUGUAAUCCAUUGGCUGGUGAAAAGAGACACUGGACUCAGUACGAUGAUAACGGAACCAAAGAUCGACUUUGUGGUAAACGAGCUCCAUUAAUUAAUGGCCACUAUCCGAUCUGUGAUCCCGAUGAUCCAGGUUACAGUUGCUGUUCAUCUAGCGGCUACUGUGGCUCAGGUCCAGACUUUUGCGAGUGUGAAGGUUGUGUCGACUAUGGUUCAAACCCUGAACGUACUUUGAAUGAUUCAACUGUCCCAAGCUCACCUUCGAUUACUUGGCUGACCACUGAUUUAAUCGAAGAUCUCGGUAAACCAGAUUGUGGUUUAAAUUCACAGAAAAUGGUCAAUGGAUCGAGUCCAGUGUGUAAUCCAGAAGAUCCCAAGAAACAUUGUUGCUCAUCGACGGGUUUCUGUGGUACUGGACCUGAUUACUGUGAGUGUAAGGGCUGCGUCAAUUUCAAUAAAAAUUCGAGUCACGUUUUCCCGGAGAAAAACUGGUUCGAUUGGAGUGAUGGACCUGAGAACGCUGGUCGAUGUGGACCCCAAGCCCCACGAAUUAAAGGUCGAAUCGCGGGUUGUGAUCCAAAAUCCGAAACGGCUCACUGUUGUGGACCAAAUGGCUACUGUGGCACUGGACCUGAUUAUUGUUCGUGCAAAGAGUGUGUCAACUUUACGAGCAAACCGAUUCACGAUUGGAGUUAAUUAGCUCAAUCAUCAAGCACAAUUUAUUAACAAUCGAAAACAAUUAGUUCAACUUUAUCAAACAUUUUUCUCCCUUAUUGUAAAUAAUAACCAAUCCAUUCAUUUCAUGUUUUUAAAGUAAAAUAAAUUAAAAUUUAACUAAAUCAA